CUCUGUCUCGGUCAUUCAUCACUCAUUGCGCCGUAUCCCAGAAACUACGUUGUUGGACGGCCAGAAAAGCUGAACUACGUUGCAAGAGCUACAAAUUCUACAGAACCCCAACUUCCGCAAGGACCUAUUUUCCUGCGUGCUCGUGCCAAUACGAAAGUCCAUCGCCAUUCCUUCAAUCUCAGACCUCUCUCUCUCUCUCUCUCUCUCUCUCUCCUUUGAAUUGGAUAAAGAUCAAAGUCGGAGGAAAAGGUCAAUCUCUUGGUUUUCACUUUUCAAUCAAAUUUUGGCCUGAAAAAUCGACAUUCCAUGUAAGUUGGUACACACAUUGUUAUUUCUUCCGUUUCGUCUCGGAUUUGCCAAUAAUCUAGCAAUAUUUGGACGAUGGAAAGCAAUUAUUCAGCCCUUCCUAGGGGCUCAUUUGUAGAAUUACAAUUACACAAUGAUAAUGAUGAUCUCUCUUCACUCAAUAACUUUGCACCCACAAAUCCUAGAUGCUCUCCCGAAAAAGCCCAUAUCAAAAUGCUUCCCGUUGACAUAGAAGGGUGUUUGGACUCGAAGAAUGGGAGAGAUCUUGACGACAGUGAUGGUGAUUUUGAUAUUGACAAUUAUCCGCUCAUUGCCAGUGGCAUCAAUAAGGAUUCUGGGAUGUAUGGUGCCGUUUUUAACCUCACCACCACGAUUAUUGGGGCUGGGAUUAUGGCCCUACCGGCCACCAUGAAAGUGUUAGGUUUGGUUUUAGGUUUUGUGUUGAUAAUUUUGAUGGGUAUUUUGUCAGAGAUUAGCGUUGAAUUGCUUAUUCGCUUCUCGGUUUUUUGUAAGGCAUCAUCAUAUGGAGAGGUGGUUCAAUACGCAUUGGGUCGUCCUGCGAGGGUUUUGUCGGAAAUUUGUAUAAUUGUGAACAAUGCAGGCAUUUUAGUAGUUUAUUUAAUAAUUAUGGGGGAUGUUAUGUCAGGAUCUAGCCAUCACAUUGGGGUUUUCGAUCAAUGGCUGGGAACUGGGGUGUGGGAUCACAGAAAGCUAGUGAUAUUGGUCAUUGUAGUCGUUUUUCUUGCACCACUUUGUUCUUUGGAAAAGAUUGAUUCACUGAGCAUGACUUCAGCUGCUUCGGUAGCUCUUGCAGUUGUUUUUGUUCUGGUUGCUUGCAUUAUUGCAUUCAUUAAGCUAGUUGAAGGGCGAAUUGAGACACCGAGGAUGGCUCCAGAUUUUGGGUCAAAGAGAGCAAUUUUGGAUUUGCUUGUAGUGAUCCCAAUCAUGACAAAUGCUUACAUAUGUCAUUUUAAUGUUCAGCCGAUAUAUAAUGAGCUUGAAGGCCGCUCACCCCAGAAGAUGAGUAGGGUGGGUAGGAUCACAACUGUUCUCUGCAUUGUGGUUUACACUUUUACAGCAAUAUCUGGUUACCUACUUUUUGGGAAGGACACUGAAUCUGAUGUGCUAACUAAUUUUGAUAAGGACCUUGGGAUAAGGUUCAGCUCAGCCCUCAACUACAUUGUUCGGGUUGGGUAUAUUUUUCAUCUUGUCCUUGUUUUCCCUGUAGUCCAUUUCUCCCUGCGACAAACGGUGGAUGCCUUGGUAUUUGAGGGAUCGGCUCCGCUUUCUGAGAGUAGGAAGAGGUGCUUGGUCUUAACAGUAGUACUGUUGGGACUUGUUUAUUUUGGCUCUACUAUGAUACCCAACAUCUGGACAGCUUUCAAGUUCACAGGGGCUACAACAGCAGUCUCUCUGGGUUUUAUAUUCCCAUCUCUUAUUGCCCUAAGAUUGCGUAAGCAAGGGGCAGUUUUGAGCUUUGGAGAGAAGCUCUUGUCUUGGUUGAUGUUGAUAUUGGCAACUAUAGUUAGCAUUGUUGGAGUGAUUGGAAAUAUCUAUAGCAUCAAAGGCCAAACUGAAUGAUUCUCCUUUUUCCAAUCUGGGGGCCUCACUUUCCAUUUCAAUAAUUCAGUUCACCAGACUUGAUUCUGAAAGUUGUGGGAGAGACUCCUCUGGAUGCUAUGCUUUUCAUCAAUUUCAUAUCAUGCACUGGGAAGGUCUUUGAGUAAUUCUCUCCUUAUCAUGACGGUACGGAGUGCAGAAAAGGGCGAGCAGAAAUUAUCUAAGUGGUGCGUCCUCUUUAUGAGUCUAUGACUUCAUUGAUGGCAUAACUAAUUAGUUUAUUUAAGCAACAAGAAAUUGACAACACCAGAAAAUGGGGAACAUGUUGCAAUGGAUGCACCACAAAGUUUUAGUUGAUUUUGAUAAAUUCACUUAUUGGUUCAGGAGCUGGUUCAUGCUGUAAUGUCCCCAUGUCCACGAUUUACCCCUCGCUUUUCACAGCAGGGAAGGAUUUUAACUGUAUCAUGCGACAUAUCUGCUUUAUACUUUUUCAUGAUUUUUUGACUUUAUGUGCUUAUAGCACCCUCCAAGGCUAUCUUGAUUCAUUUAUUGUUGCCAUUA